ACGACCGGGUCAUCCACGACUAAAACCACCAAGAAACGUCCCAAAAUCCCGUUAAAAACCAGACCCACCACCACCAGCACGUCAGUUACUUCCUCAACCAUCAACGCAACAAGCACCACAGAGUCGCUUAUAUCAACAAGGAAUUUGUCCUCUACCCCCACCUCCGAGAUUUUAACGCCCACCCCAGACCUUGAUGUAGUCAAGAAGAAGGAGCACGCUUUAAUGACUGCCGUGAUCUUCCUGUCAUGCCUCUCGUUCCUGAUGUUGGUACUGGUAUGCCUUUUCCUUCACAAGAAAAAGUUGAGAAGGAUGAAACGCACCAGAAAACUUCCGCUGGCCGAGGGUCUUGGUAGUUCGGAUGUGAUCUUUAUAAACAGUCGCGAUCGCCGGACAGAGCGCUAUUUCGAGAAAAAAUUUGAGUGA